UCUCAUCAGCAACUUUUCGAUUCACGUAGUCGCUCUGAACAAUUUCAAUCCAUUUUGUGUCUGAUCAUAUGACAAAUAUCUCUGACGGUCUUGUGAUAUCGAAGUUUUAGCCACUUAUUUUAGUUUGUUGCAAUUAAAAGUACGGACGUUUUGCAACUAAUUUACCAGAGUCAUGUCGAACUUACGGAAAAUCGGAGAUGAAGAGCGCGAGUCGAAAUUCGGCUAUGUAUACGCCGUGUCUGGACCUGUCGUAACAGCCGAACGUAUGUCCGGAUCUGCUAUGUACGAGUUGGUGCGUGUCGGUUACUUCGAAUUGGUCGGUGAGAUUAUUCGUCUUGAAGGUGACAUGGCCACCAUUCAAGUAUACGAAGAAACGUCCGGCGUUACUGUCGGUGAUCCCGUAUUGCGUACCGGCAAACCAUUGUCCGUGGAAUUGGGUCCCGGUAUUAUGGGCAGCAUUUUCGACGGUAUCCAACGUCCGUUGAAAGACAUUAACGAAAUGACAAACUCCAUUUACAUUCCCAAGGGUAUUAACGUACCCUCCCUAUCGAAGACACAGUCGUGGGAAUUCAAUCCGUUGGGCGUUAAGGUCGGAUCACACAUUACCGGAGGUGAUUUGUACGGUAUUGUGCACGAAAAUACAUUGGUCAAACACAAAAUGAUUGUGCCACCGCGUGCUAAGGGUACUGUCAAGUACAUUGCACCAGCUGGUAACUACACUGUCAGCGAUGUUGUGUUGGAAACGGAAUUCGACGGUGAAAUCACUAAACAUACUAUGUUGUCGGUGUGGCCAGUACGUCAACCACGUCCAGUAACUGAGAAGUUGCCGGCUAACCAUCCUCUAUUGACUGGUCAACGUGUAUUGGAUUCGUUGUUCCCUUGCGUCCAAGGUGGUACAACAGCCAUUCCUGGUGCUUUCGGUUGCGGCAAAACUGUCAUCUCGCAAUCAUUGUCCAAAUACUCCAACUCUGAUGUCAUCGUUUAUGUCGGUUGCGGUGAACGUGGUAACGAAAUGUCUGAAGUACUUCGAGAUUUCCCAGAACUUUCCGUCGAAAUCGAUGGCGUCACCGAAUCCAUCAUGAAGCGUACAGCAUUGGUUGCAAAUACAUCCAACAUGCCCGUAGCUGCUCGUGAGGCUUCCAUUUACACUGGUAUUACAUUGUCGGAAUAUUUCCGUGACAUGGGUUACAACGUUUCCAUGAUGGCUGAUUCCACAUCUCGUUGGGCCGAGGCUCUUCGUGAAAUUUCUGGUCGUUUGGCUGAAAUGCCUGCCGAUUCCGGUUAUCCAGCUUAUUUGGGUGCCCGUUUGGCCUCUUUCUAUGAACGUGCCGGUCGCGUCAAGUGUUUGGGUAAUCCCGAACGUGAAGGUUCAGUUUCGAUUGUCGGUGCCGUAUCGCCACCUGGUGGUGAUUUCUCUGAUCCUGUAACAUCAGCCACAUUGGGUAUCGUACAAGUGUUCUGGGGUUUGGAUAAGAAAUUGGCUCAACGCAAACAUUUCCCAUCGAUCAACUGGCUCAUCUCUUACAGUAAAUACAUGCGUGCCUUGGACGAUUUCUAUGACAAGAACUUCCCGGAAUUCGUACCACUCCGUACCAAGGUCAAGGAAAUCCUUCAAGAAGAAGAAGAUUUGUCCGAAAUUGUGCAAUUGGUCGGUAAGGCAUCGUUGGCUGAAACAGAUAAAAUUACAUUGGAAGUGGCCAAAUUGCUGAAGGACGAUUUCUUGCAACAAAACUCCUAUUCGUCGUACGAUCGUUUCUGUCCGUUCUACAAAACCGUCGGUAUGCUGAGAAACAUCAUCGCUUUCUACGAUAUGUCCCGACAUGCUGUUGAAUCCACGGCCCAAUCAGAAAACAAAAUUACAUGGAAUGUUAUCCGUGAUGCUAUGGGAAAUAUCAUGUACCAAUUGUCGUCGAUGAAAUUCAAGGACCCCGUCAAAGAUGGUGAAGCCAAGAUCAAGGCCGAUUUUGAUCAACUCCACGAAGACUUGCAACAAGCCUUCCGUAAUUUGGAAGAUUAAACGAAUAUAAUUCACACACCGUCGUUAAAACUAUAAACUCUAAAGAAAGAAAAUUUCACCAACAAAGAGAAUAAAAUUGAAUAAAAACUAAAAGCAAAAAACUUAAAACAGCAACAGCGUCGUGUCGUACAAUAAUUGAGUAAGUUUUAAUUGAAAACGUUAUUUAAAAGAAGACAAACAGACAGAAAAAAAAAUGUUCAAAAUAUUAGUAAAACUUAAUGGAAAAUUUUCUUGGAAAAAUAUCUAAACAUCAGUCGUUGAAUCGUAGAAUGUAAAAAUUGUUAAACGAUAAUUUCUCUGUCGUUAAAAGAAUAUUUCACUGCAAAUUUAAGUUUUUCUUUCUCUUUUCGGUGUACUCGUGUAAUCCUUAGACAACACACAUAAAAAAUUGAUAUAAAGAAACAAUGGUGAAAAAAUUGCAUUCCAAAAAAAAAUUGUUUUUUCUUUAAAUUUAAAAACUUUUUUCUUUUAAGAUUUUUCGUUUUUUUUUUGUUUCAUUUUCUUCUUUGUUUCCGAUUUUUUUUAUAUCGAGUGCGUUGUUUUUAUUUUGUUUUUAAAUUUAUAAAUAUAGAGAGAGAUAUUCAUGUAACUUUUGUUAAAUCUUUUAAGCUUAUGUGCACUCAGAACGAAUAACCCCCAAAGCUUGAAUAACAUGUUUACAGAAAUAAGGGAACAGGAACUAAGGGAAUUCUAGAUGAAGUAGAACGAAAUAACCUUUCCUAGCAUUAAAAGGAAAUUUAAAUCGAUUUCAGUAUUAUUUGUAUUUUGUUUUUUCUUCUGUUAUUAAUGCCAUCCAUCAAGUUACACCCUUGUGCCCCUUUUUUUCGAUGAGUUUUUUUUUUAUCUUCUUCUUCACGGACUUUUAAUCUUUUUUUUUCUUCUUGUCUCUCGUUGAGUGCAAUUUUAAGUAGUUGUUGUUCGUUCGUUUGUUUUUUUUUAUUUUUUAAAAUGGAAAUUGUAUUAUAAAAACAUAAAAAAAAUUAUUAUAAUAGCCAAUCAAAUUCAUUAUUAUAUUGUCAUUGUUAAGUGGAGAUUUAAAUAAAAAUAAAAAUUUAAAGUAAAAAAAAACCUUUGCAAAUAAACAAAGAAAACUUUACAAAUCUAGU